AUGGUGAACUUCACCGUCGAUGAGAUUCGUGGUCUUAUGGACCACCCUACCAACAUUCGUAACAUGUGUGUUAUUGCACACGUCGACCACGGCAAGUCGACGCUGACUGACUCUCUGGUGUCGAAGGCCGGUAUUAUUGCCCACGCCAAGGCUGGUGACAUGCGUUUCAUGGACACUCGUGACGACGAGAAGGAGCGUGGUAUCACGAUCAAGUCGACUGCCAUCUCGAUGUAUUUCCCCAUUGACAAGGAUGAGCUUCCUGCGAUCCAGCAGCCCACUAAGGGCAAUGAGUUCUUGAUCAACUUGAUCGACUCGCCUGGUCACGUUGACUUCUCGUCGGAAGUCACUGCUGCCCUUCGUGUCACGGAUGGUGCCCUUGUCGUCGUCGACUGUAUCGAGGGUGUCUGUGUCCAGACGGAAACGGUGUUGCGCCAGGCCCUUGGUGAGCGUAUCAAGCCUGUGGUCUGUCUGAACAAGGUGGACCGUGCUCUUCUUGAGCUGCAGGUCGACAAGGAAGACCUCUACCAGUCGUUUGCUCGUACGAUCGAGUCGGCAAACGUGGUGAUUGCCACGUACAACGACCCUGUGCUCGGUGAGUCGCAGGUGUACCCUGAAAAGGGUACUGUUGCCUUCGGUUCGGGUCUGCACGGCUGGGCCUUCACGCUCCGUCAGUUCGCUGCCCGUUACGCCAAGAAGUUCGGUGUGGACAAGUCGAAGAUGAUGACCAAGCUCUGGGGUGAGAACUUCUUCAACCCCAAGACCAAGAAGUGGUCGUCGAAGGAGGUGGACUCUGAAGGAAACAAGCUCGAGCGUGCUUUCAACAUGUUCGUUCUUGACCCGAUCUACCGUAUCUUUGACUCGAUCAUGAACUUUAAGAAGGAGGAGACGACCAAGUUGCUUGAGAAGCUCGAGAUUGCUCUUACGUCGGAUGAGCAAGACCUCGAGGGCAAGGCUCUCCUCAAGGUGGUCAUGCGCAAGUUCCUGCCUGCUGGUGACGCUCUUUUGGAGAUGGUUGUUAUCAACUUGCCAUCGCCUGUGACGGCUCAGCGCUACCGUGUUGAGACGCUUUACGAGGGUCCUAUGGAUGACGAGUCGGCCAUUGGUAUCCGUGACUGUGACCCUAACGGUCCUCUCAUGCUUUACGUCUCGAAGAUGGUGCCCACCUCCGAUAAGGGUCGUUUCUACGCCUUUGGUCGUAUCUUCUCGGGUACUGUUCGCUCUGGUCCUAAGAUCCGCAUCCAGGGUCCUAACUACGUGCCUGGCAAGAAGGACGACCUGUUCGUGAAGUCCAUUCAGCGUACGGUUCUGAUGAUGGGUCGUUACAUUGAGCCCAUUGAGGACUGCCCUGCCGGUAAUAUUUUGGGUCUGGUCGGUGUUGACCAGUUCUUGCUCAAGAGCGGUACGCUUACGUCGUCGGAGACGGCUCACAACAUGAGGGUCAUGAAGUUCUCCGUGUCGCCAGUCGUGCAGGUUGCCGUCGAGGUGAAGAACGCCAAUGACCUGCCUAAGCUGGUCGAAGGUCUUAAGCGUCUCUCGAAGUCUGACCCCUGUGUGCAGUCGUGGAUUGCCGAGUCGGGUGAGCACAUUGUUGCCGGUGCUGGUGAGUUGCACCUGGAGAUUUGCCUGAACGACCUUGAGAACGACCACGCUGGCAUUCCUCUCAAGAUUUCCGAGCCUGUGGUCGGUUACCGUGAGACGGUGCAGGCCGAGUCGAGCAUGGUGGCCUUGUCCAAGUCGCAGAACAAGCACAACCGUCUGUACGUGACGGCUCAGCCUAUCGAUGAAGAGCUGUGCAAGGAGAUUGAGACGGGCAAGGUUAACCCUCGUGACGACUUCAAGAUCCGUGCGCGUCACCUUGCGGACAACUAUGGCUGGGAUGUGACGGAUGCCCGUAAGAUUUGGUGCUUCGGUCCUGAGACGACUGGCCCGAACCUGCUGGUCGAUGUCACGAAGGGUGUUCAAUACCUGAACGAAAUCAAGGACUCGUGUGUGGCUGCAUUCCAGUGGGCCACGAAGGAGGGUGUGUGCUGUGAGGAGAACGUCCGUGGUGUCCGCUACAACAUUAUGGAUGUGACGCUUCACACGGAUGCCAUCCACCGUGGUGGUGGUCAGAUCAUCCCCACGACGCGUCGUGUCUGCAAUGCCGCUGCCCUGCUGGCCCAGCCCGGUCUCCAGGAGCCCAUGUACCUGGUCGAGAUCCAAUGUCCCGACACGGGUCUGGGUGGUAUUUACUCGACGCUCAACAAGCGUCGUGGUCAGGUGUUCAGCGAGGAGCCUCGUGUCGGUACGCCGAUGGUGACGGUCAAGGCCUACUUGCCCGUUAGCGAGUCGUUCGGCUUCAAUGGUGACCUGCGUCAGGCCACGGGUGGUCAGGCUUUCCCUCAGAGUGUGUUUGACCACUGGGCCGUCAUGAACGGUGACGCUAGCGACAAGAACGGUAAGCUCUACGAGCUUGUCAAGUCGAUUCGUAUCCGCAAGGGUCUUAAGGAAGAUGUUCCGGACCUUAGCGUGUACUACGACAAGCUCUAA